CAGCCAAUCGAGCCUGAACCGAUCAUUAGAGAGCCGGCGGGUUGUAAUCAUGGGAAUGAUAUCGUCUCUAUUUAACCGCCCGAGCAGGCAUGGAUGAUUGCGCGUUGGAGCGGUUCUUUGACGAUUCAAUUGCAAAUGAUUUGGCCUUCUUGAUUGACGAGGGCCCCGAGGGGCCUGCUCCGGACGGCUCCUUCGGGGGGGCGGAGCCUAAGAAGAGCCGUGAGGGAGACCUGGACCUCAGCUUCCUGCCUGAUGACCUCAGCUCGCAGGAAGCAGCCAACCGCAGCUCGGCCGGUCAUGUGACGGGUCACGUGACGGGUGAUGCCAGUGAGUCGGUUGGAAAUUAUGAAGGCGCCCACAAUGUCUCCCAGGACAGCGGCAUCUGUCCGGACUACAGUACCCAGAACCCACCUGGGGCCCAGCAGCCAGCAGGGUCCAUGGCGGGAAUGGGGGCUUCUCCCUUCUGCUCCAUGACCCCCAUGACCCCUAUGACCCCCAUGACCCCUGUGACCGAACGCUCUGGAAUCAUUCCGACGCUACAGAACAUUGUCUCCACGGUGAAUCUGGGCUGUUCCCUGGACCUGAAGUUCAUCGCCCUCCAAGCCAGGAAUGCAGAAUACAACCCCAAGCGUUUUGCUGCGGUCAUCAUGAGGAUUCGGGAGCCGAGGACCACAGCGCUGAUCUUCAGCUCUGGGAAGAUGGUCUGUACCGGAGCCAAGAGUGAGGAGCACUCUCGGCUGGCCGCCAGGAAGUACGCCCGCGUGGUGCAGAAGCUGGGCUUCUCCGCCCGCUUCCUGGACUUCAAGAUCCAGAACAUGGUGGCCAGCUGUGACGUCUGCUUCCCCAUCCGCCUGGAGGGGCUGGUGCUGACCCACCAGCAGUUCAGCAGCUACGAGCCGGAGCUGUUCCCAGGGCUGAUCUACCGCAUGGUGAAGCCUCGCAUCGUCCUGCUCAUCUUCGUGUCGGGGAAGGUGGUUCUGACAGGUGCUAAGGAACGAGAGGAGAUCUACGAGGCGUUUGAGAAUAUUUAUCCUAUCCUUAAAGGAUUCAGAAAGCAGUGAAUGUUGUUGCUGAUGCCGGCCACUCACAUCGCAUUUAUUUACUGUACAGUUUAAGUAAUUCUUAAUUUGACUUAUUAUGCAUUCAGCUUAGUUUAUUUAACUUAUAGAUUGUGUUAUCUGUGUCUGGUUUGGAUGACAAAGCAGCUGAUAUUGGUUAAAAUGUAUUUGUCGGUCUUGGUCAAUAAAAUCUUAUUGUCAUAUG